AAUGACAUUUGACAAUUGUUUUCGAUUUUUAUCUCUUGUGUUAUUGCAAAGUGCUCGUGUUAUUGUAAACCUUAAAUGGAUUUAUUAAGCGGUGAAAUCCGGCCAUGGGACGCCAACGACGUUAAACAACAGUUUGGAGACAGUCUCAUGCUAUUGCCUUCGAACGAUAAUACCAAAGAGUUGCAGAGUAUUCUACGGGAUAAAAAUACAUCGCGAAGUGAUUUCAAGUUUUAUGCGGACCGUUUGAUAAGGCUAGUGAUUGAAGAGAGCCUGAACAAGUUGCCGUUCACGGACUGCGAGGUGGUGACGCCCACGGGAGCGUUGUAUAAAGGGCUGAAGUAUGGAGCUGGGAACUGUGGCGUGUCUAUCGUGCGGUCCGGAGAGGCCAUGGAACAAGGUCUCCGAGAUUGUUGCCGCUCCAUCCGCAUUGGCAAGAUCCUGGUGGAGAGUGACACAGACACGCAUGAGGCACAUGUAGUCUAUGCCAAGUUCCCCGAAGACAUUGCUCGGAGACAGGUGUUGCUCAUGUAUCCAAUCAUGUCCACAGGAAAUACUGUUAAACAGGCAGUGAACGUACUGACACAGCAUGGCGUAAAAGAGGAGCGAAUCAUAUUGUCCAACUUGUUCUGCACGCCUGCCGCCGUUCAAGCUGUGGUAGACUACGUGCCCCGGAUGAAGAUACUCACCUCCGAACUCCACCCAGUAGCGCCUAACCACUUUGGACAAAAGUACUUUGGGACUGACUGAAAGUUUCUAGGAACAAUUGAUUGCUUUAACUAUUUU